CCAACAAGAACUUAAAGCCUUUGUUCAAAAAAAUGGUAAAAAUCAUCGACUUUAUUCAAAAAAGCUUGCAACAGUUUGGACAACUCAUACAAAACAGCCUAUUUCUGCUGUUACUAUACACUGGAAUCUUAAGAAAGUUAGAUUUACAUUUUAUAUAUCUCAUAAAAAACCUGUAAUGACAGAAGUAUAUCAUCAGGUUCAUCUCAAAUGGGCUCAUAUACACAAAAAUUAG